AUGGAGUUGUUUAUGAUCCAGGUCGGCUGUUUGGUGGCACUGAUGUUGCUGCCAACUUUGUGUGGACUGUUCCCGGUUACAGCCCGAAUCAGGCUGGCGGCAGCAACAUCAAGUCAGCAAUUCUUGCUGAGCCUAUGCAGUUCCUUCGCUGGAGGGGUUUUUCUUGCUGCAUGUCUAUUAGAUGUCCUACCAGAUUACUUUUUUCAUAUCAAUGAAGAGCUGGAAAAACUACAAAUUCAGACGAACUUUCCAAUUCCAGAGUUUGUCAUAGCAGUUGGAUUCUUCCUGGUUCUCAGCAUCGAACGAAUAAUUCUGCAGUGCCAUAAUGACCAUUUUCAUGAGACCACUGCCAUUCUUCCAACAACAUUCCUUUGCAAUGAUGACAUCAGCCACCAUGUACAGAUAAACAGCAACAGUGUAGAAACAACAGAUCAUCAUGUUCACCUUGUUAAUGCCCAUCCUGCUUUUCGUUCUUUCAUCCUUUUCCUUUCUCUGUCCUUACACUCUAUAUUUGAAGGAUUGCCCAUUGGUCUACAACAGUCAGAGUCAAAGGUUUUUCAGAUUUUUGCUGCCAUUUUAAUUCAUAAAAGUUUAAUUGUUUUCAGCUUGUCUCUGAAACUUGUACAGAACAAUAUGCCACAAGGCCGUGUGGUACUGUAUGUUAUAAUAUUUGCAGUAAUGUCUCCUUUGGGAAUUGUGAUUGGCAUUAUAAUCACACAAAUGAAAUCAACCUACAGUGAUAUGGCACAGAGUCUCCUUGAAGGAAUCACUACAGGGACGUUUGUUUAUGUUACCUUUUUAGAGAUUUUACCUCACGAACUAAAUUCCACUGAUAAGCAACUGUUGAAGCUCCUGGGCAUUAUAUUUGGUUUCUCUACAAUAACCAUGUUGUCCUUUAUACUUUAG